CUCCUCCCCGAGGCCGCAGAAAAUGAUGAGCUACCACACAGCAAGGCAGGAGAAGAUAUUGUGCUGCAGUCACCAGUAGAUUGGGUGAUUUUGGAUGGCCGAGAAAGCUUAGAUGACCAUGGAAUCAUACUGUAUGAGUGGACUUUGCUGCAAGGUGAUUCAUCAGUUGAUAUAAAGGUACCACAGCCGGGAACAUUGAAGCUUUCUCACUUGCAAGAAGGUGUUUACAUUUUUCAGUUGACUGUGACGGACACUGCUGGUCAAAAGAGCUCAGACAAUAUCUCUGUGACUAUUCUUCCAAUGGUUCACACUGCCUUAGGCUGUGCUGGAGUUUGUUCUCGCUACCAAUUUAUCUGUGAUGAUGGCUGCUGCAUUGACAUCACAUUUGCAUGCGAUGGAGUGGAGCAAUGCCCUGAUGGAUCUGAUGAAGCUUUCUGUCACAACUUCAGCCUGGGCCGAAAGACAGUAACUCAUGCAGCAAUCAGCACUGACCAGCAAAGGACCAUAGGAUUGACUAAAGAUGCAGACAAUUCUGUGGAAAACACCCAGAAAAACACUAUACGAAAUCAACCACUACUUGCGCUUGAUGCAGACAAGUCUAACCAAUCUCUCUCUCAGGGACCAAAGAAACAAGUCAAUGGAUUUAUUCCAGAGCAGUGCUUAGUGCCCCCUGCUGUCGGCCCUUGUAAAGGGCACUUCCCUCGCUGGCACUUUGAUGUUUCUUCAGGCACUUGCCUACAUUUCAUCUAUGGUGGCUGCCAAGGGAAUGAAAACAACUUCCUUCAAGAAUCUGACUGCCUCAGUGAAUGUGUAGGAAUUCAUGGUGCAAUUUCACAACAGACUGCAACGGAUCCAUCAUCUCAGUCCAAUUCAGAUCCAGGUAAUAUUUCCUCAGGGAAAAAGACUAAGAACGAAAAUGGCAUAGCUGUGUCAAAAAGUGAUCAGGCUGCAGCGGGUCAUCCAGUCCCAGAAACAGGUGCUGUGCUACCCCUGGCUUUAGGGUUGGCCAUCACUGCUUUGCUCCUGCUUAUGGUUGCCUGUCGCCUGCGUUUGGUGAGACAAAAACUUAAAAAAGCUCGCCCCAUUACAUCUGAGGAGUCUGAUUACCUCAUAAAUGGGAUGUAUCUAUGAAGAUGUAAUCUUGGUUGCUUGUUUUCUCUACUUUGCAGUUUUCCAUAAGCCUCUGCCGCCAGCAAAUGACCAUCUCUUUAGCUUAAAAGAAAACCCUUAGAGAAAUCUUUUUAAAGUCUACAAGAUGAGAACCUGUUCACAUCCCCUUUGGUUACAUAGAAAAAUCCUACUAUCAGUUGGAUAGACCCUGAUGUGGUAAAAAGCCAAUGCAGAUUAUGCCUGAAAAAUUACCUUAUUUUAAUCAUAUACAAUAAUGCUGUAGGCUGGAAAGCUAACCACUGGAUGGCAGACUCUCUUAGUCUUUCACCUAUUUACUCCCAUCCAGGAACACAACUGAACAAUUACAUAUUUCAUGUGUGACAGUAAGCCAGGAUUAAUCAAUCAGUAUGGAGACACUGACAGACCUGUGAAAGAAAGCAGGUACAGUGCCAACCAAUACCUUGCCUUGCUCCUCCUCAGUGCUGUCAGAAGAGCUGCCCUCUAAAAUACACUUUCAACAUGUUAAUAUACUGUCUGGGAAGGAUUUGUGCAUCUGUUAAAAAUGCAGUUUAUGCACUGGAAAUACUCUUAUCAGAGAUUUUUGUCCUUGUUAAUUAAUAGCAAUCUGUAUCUAAGCAAAGAGCCAUCUUUUGAAUGGCAAUUCUGAUUUUGUAAAAAGUAUUUCCCUAUCCUCCAUAACUUAAAUCCCUUUACAUUGCAAACAAGUUUCACUCCAGUGAAAAUCAACAGCAUAUUUGGACCUAUCCAGUGCCAACAGCACAUGUGUGAGAGAUCAUGAGACUGUCUCCUCCCAUAAAGUUCAUAACUUGUUCAGUCUUUUCUAUCCCUAAUCCAACACAGAAUUUUUAAAGAAUUACAUGAAAUGACUUCCGUUUGUUCUUGAGCCUGGCCCUUUUGUUAGAAAAGGCCGGAUUUGUUCUAUUUGGUUUUGUCAGUUAUAAGUAAAGUUAGUUCCAGCCAGACUUACACUAUCAAUGUUAUUGCUGCUUCUACUACAGUAUGCUUGAUUCUCAGGACUACACUUUCCAUAUAAAUACAAAUGAGACAUUGUUCCUACUUCUGGAGAAGUUUCCAGAUUUUAUCAAUUGAACCUUUUAGCUCCCAGCAAAGCUUCAAAGCUUCAGUAACUAUCCCAAUAAAAAUCUAGAAUUAGAGCAAGUAAUUGAUGUGUGAAUGAAUUUAAAAUGUGCUAACAGUAAAAUGUGUUUAAUACCUGUUAAAUAUAUGCUGUGCUGCUUAUCCUGUUUGUCUGAAUAUGCAAGGGUGUCAUAUCCACCAACAGUCACAGUUAAAAAAAAAUAAAGGCAAAUGAGGCAUGCAUCUUUUUGUAUGUCAUCCUUCGUACUUCAAGGAAUUCAAGUCAAUUUGAAUGUUGCUGUGGGAUAAGAAUCACUAAUCAAGAGGCCCAUGAUGUUCAAGUCUUGAUUACCUUUAUGUAAAAUAAUGAUAAUAAACCUAUUUUAUUCUUAAA